ACCAUGGCCCUCUGCUGCUGCCCACCUUGCUGUGAGCCAUGCUGCUGCAAGACCACCUGCUGCAAGACCACCUGUUGCCAGCCCUGCUGCUGUGAAUCCAGCUGCCCUGAGUCCAUCUGCUGUCAGCCUUGCUGUCCCCCAUGUUGCUGCAGCAUACCCUGCUGCCAGCCCUGCUGCUGCCAGCCCUGCUGUUGUGUGCCCACCUGCUGUGAAAGCACCUGCUGUGAUACCACCUGCUGCAAGCCAACCUGUGUGAAUAUCUGCUGCAGCACACCCUGCUGCCAACCCUGCUGCUGCCAGCCCUGCUGCUGCAUGCCCUGCUGCUGCAUGCCCUGCUGCUGCAUGCCCUGCUGCUGUGUGCCCACCUGUUGUGAAAGCACCUGCUGUGAUACCACCUGCUGCAAGCCAACCUGUGUGAAUAUCUGCUGCAGCACACCCUGCUGCCAACCCUGCUGCUGCAUGCCCUGCUGCUGCAUGCCCACCUGCUGCCAGCCCUGCUGCUGUGUGCCCAUCUACUGCCAGCCCUGCUGCUGCUUGCCCACCUGCUGCAAGGCCACCUGCUGCAAGCCAACCUGUGUGACCAUCAGCUGCAGCACACCCUGCUGCCAACCCUGCUGCUGCUGA